AUGGAUAGAUUUCGCCUGCUCUUCCAGCACUUCCAGUCGAGCUCAGAGUCGGUGAUGAACGGCAUCUGUUUGCUGCUGGCCGCGGUCACCGUCAAGCUGUACUCCUCCUUAGACUUCAACUGCCCCUGCCUGGCACGCUACAAUGCCCUCUAUGGCCUGGGCCUGCUGCUCAUGCCCCCGCUCGCCCUGUUCCUCUGCGGCCUCCUUGCCAACCGGCAGUCCGUGGUGAUGAUGGAGGAGUGGCGCCAGCCCUCGGGGCACCGGAGGAAGGACCCAGGCAUAAUCAGGUAUAUGUGCUUCUCUGUGCUGCAGAGGGCGCUGGCUGCCCCGCUGGUCUGGAUCCUGCUGGCCCUCCUGGAUGGGAAGUGCUUUGUGUGUGCCUUCAGCAGUUUUGUGGACCCUGAGAAGUUUUUGGACUUUGCCAAUAUGACCUCCAGCCAGGUACAGCUUUUCCUGGCUAAGGUACCCUGCAAGGAAGAUGAGCUGGUCAGGGACAGUUCUGCUCGGAAAGCAGUGUCUCGCUACUUGCGGUGCCUGUCACAGGCCAUCGGCUGGAGUAUCACUCUGCUGCUCAUCGUGGCUGCCUUCCUGGCCCGCUGCCUGAGGCCCUGCUUCGACCAGACAGUCUUCCUGCAGCGCAGGUACUGGAGCAACUACGUGGACCUGGAACAGAAGCUCUUCGACGAGACGUGCUGUGAGCACGCGCGGGACUUCGCGCACCGCUGCGUGCUGCACUUCUUCGCCAGCAUGCAGAGCGAGCUGCGCGCGCGCGGGCUGCGCAGGGACACCGCGGAGCACCUGGAGCCGCCGGAGCACCUGGACAGUGAACCCGGGAAGGUCCACCUGCGCGCCAUCUCCAGCCGGGAGCAGGUGGACCGCCUCCUGAGCUCCUGGUACUCCGGCAAACCACCGCUCGACCUUGCGGCCUCCCCCAAGGUCUGGGUGGGCGGCCUCAGCCACCGCACCCCGACCCUGGUCCCUGGCACCAGGCUGUCCCAACACACUGACGUGUAG